AUGGACCUCAACUUGGAGGAUCUUCGCAAGGCCCUUCGCGAUCUAGGCGAGGACCCCUCGCCCAGCUGGACGAAAGUCGAGUUGCGCUAUCGCCUUCAGGAGCUCACGGGGAAGGACACCAGCAUCAACGUGAAGACGCCAGCCAAGGACACAUCGCCCAUGUUGGGCUUGGUCAAGAAGCUCAAUGCUGCGUCCCGGAAGAAACAGGAUCUGGUGACAUUUUGUCGCGACGAGAUCUCCAUGGACAUGAGCGGCCUCGAGAACAAGACCAUUGCCCAACUCCAGAUGCUUGCCAUGAAACAGAUCAGUUCCCACACGGCACCACAUCCUACGGAUCUCCUGGGUUUCGGGAAACAUGUUCGACGCACCUAUCUGGAUGUGGCCCAGAACGAGAAAGAGUAUUGUUCAUGGGUCAAGACCACGGCGGAGGAGAACCCUCACAACAGCGAUCCUCGUCUUCGUCGCUUUGCCCGAUGGCUCCAGCUCCAGGAGGAUUGCGAGAUCCUUCCCGAGGUAGCGCCCAAGAAGGAUUUCACCACUCAGUUCCGCCCGGCGGCUCGCAAUUCAAGCACCAAGAAGAGUACCGAAGCCACCAACAGCGCAAGCGCGUCCAGUUCGAGCGAGGCCAUGAAUCAGCAGAUGAUGGCGACCAUGUUCGAGAUGAUCAAGGAUCUCCGAGGGGAGAUUGCAGAGCUCAAGGGCGAGCCCGUUCGCAAGAAAGGUGUCAAACCGGAGGAGAGUGGGACGGAGACGGACGGCUCCUAUGCGAUGGUGACGGUCCAAAAGUCGGGCGCAAUUGAGACGUUGAAUUUCGAGGGUGACGAAGGGUCCUUGGGAGAUUUCGAUUCGGAAGAGGUGUUUCUUCUUCGGGAAGAGAUUGUGUUGCCCAACGGAGCCGUGGCGAACGGCCAGCUUCACGACAUCAGACAUCGAUUGGUGGCCUUCUCACCGAAGGCGUGGCAUGGCCCGGAAGAUUGGAACGCUCAUCCCGAAAUUCUGAAGAUGGCCCUUCCCCCAAAGUGGCAUACGGUGUCCACGGAUAUAGGACACUGGAAGCAUCCCAAGACGGGUGAAGUGGUCCAGUUUAUGUUGAUUAUUGAUGAAGGAGCAGCAGCCUGCCUGCAAUACUUGCGCGAGGGCUGGGGUUCGUAUUUCGGUCUUCCGAGGGCUUUGAGAUUGGAUCCGGCGGGAGCUUUCAGAUCUCAAAGUGUGGUGGACUUUUGUGAUCGGGAACACAUCCUGCUGGAUAUUGUUGCAGCGGAUGCGCACUGGCAAAUUGGCGUGUGCGAACAAGCCAUUAAAGGUGUGAAAGAGGUGAUGUCGAAGAUGUGUGAUGAUGACGAUCAGGCCACUCCAGAGACUCUGUUGGCUACUGCAGUGUCCGUGUUUAAUCAGAGGGAUCAAGUUCGAGGGUUCUCUCCGGUUCAACAUGCCUUUGGUCGAAGUCCUGAUAUCACGGGUCGUAUCGUCACCUCAUGCGCUGAAGUUCCUGAUGACUUGAUUGUGGAGUGUGCAACGGCUGAGUUUGAAAGGAGUUACUGGAAGCUGUGUCUCGUGAACAUGGACGUCUCCGAGGAAGGCCCCACUGAUGCGGAAUGGUACCGGGCACAGGAUGUUCAGGAAGUUCCUGAGUCUGCGUGGUCUGCUGAGUGUGUGUCGUUCUGGGAAGAUCAAUCGGCUGCGGUUGAGGUUGAGAUCGACAUGCCAAACACAGCGAGGCAGUGGGAACGCGCCACCGCAAACUUAUCCGCGUAUUUCACAGGUGCCAUGAAAAGACAGGCCGUCGAGGUGUCGGAAAAGCGUCUUAGUCCCCAGGAGUUGGCCCAAUUCAAGGAAGCAAAAAUGAUCGAAGUGAAAAACUUCCUUGCUGCCAAAGCCUUUGAGGUCUUGCCCAAACAUUUGCAGCCUAGUAAGGAACAGGCCAUAGGAAUGAGGUGGAACGAGAUUGUCCGGAAGAUUAAGGAAAGGUUCCACUGGGGCGAUUGGGACUGCAACGAGUUCAUUCAAUGUGGGGUGAAGGACUCGAAGGCUGCCACCACAGGGUGGGAGAAAACGCAGCUGAGGGCACUACUGGGUGCACUUAGCUGGCACGCACAGCAGGCGAAUCAGCUGCUUCAAAGCACUCGGGCGCGCAAGGGGCAUCGGAUGUUGAUUCACGGGAGUCCAGGUGCCGCGGAAACCCAAGCGGCCGUCAACGGUGAAGACCAACUAGUGUACGCCAGGUAUCAAUGGUCCGAGAUUCUGUAUGGCAAUGUGGAUACUAAGGAUCCCGACACGACUGUGAGACGUACUACCGGAUGUGUGAUCUCCGAUUCCCGCAACGUGUAUGACAAACUGCAGACAGAAGUCCUCUCUAUCAAAGGUGCCGAAAAGCGCGCGAACCUGGAGCUCUUGGCCCUCAAGGAAGCACAAUCGCGAACCAAUGUUCACAUUCGUUGGGUUCAUUCAGAAGCACAACUUGCCAACACGCUUACCAAAGCAAAUGGAGGUCGUGAACUUGAACUCUUUUAUCGUAUGGGACAUCAAUGGCGAAUUGUUGAAGACGAUCGAAUGCGUUCAGCGCGAAAGCGGAAGGCAGAGGGCAUGUCGCCUCUCCAACAGGAGUCAACAGCAGUUCAAACUCCAGAAGAACGAGAUUAG